UUUUAUAUUAUUUAAAUACUUAAUGCUCGUCGUGGCUUCUCCUGAUAACUCGCUUCUUUGGACUGUCUUUUUAAACCAAAAGUGUGCUAUGGUUUCUGAUUCUGCCCUUUCGAUCACUGAAGUAGUUCUGUCUGUUGUGUACUGUUUGAGUCGGAUCUGGCGUUUUCUUCGUUUUUUUUUUUUUAAGGUGGUCGACUCUGAGGGAGAGGUUAAUUCAUUGCUGCAAAGGUGGAAUAAGCCUGUAGGAUUGUCACCCAGAUCCACAGAGAUAAAAUUUGAGGGAUCUCCUGUCUCAACAGGAUCAACAAAGGGUGGUUUAAUUUCUGUUCAAUUCACUGGAAAACCACCUGCAAGUAGUGCAAAUGGACCUGGAUUUCCCAAGUUGCACGUUCAGAGCCACAUCAAAGCAUGAAUAUGGCUGCUAGGUGAAAUUAGAAUAUCAGAGAACAUGAUAAAGUUGUCUUCAAGGUUAUAUAGGAUAAAUAAACUCACUGGUGGUUCCUGUAGUUCUCAUUCAUGCCAUUACACUUGCACUUUUGAUACGAAUGGACCUCUAAAGUUGAAAUUUUUUGGGUAAUUAAUCCCCCAUUUUAUUUCCUAAAAUGGGGGGUGGGUUAAAUUCCCCUAUAAAAUUUAGCGGGUACAUUCCAUCGAACUUUCAUAGGUGCUAUUAGUUGCCUCCUGGGCAACUAAUGCAAAGAGACUUAUGUGUUGGUGAUUAUGUCCGUAGGAGUACUUGAAGUGCUGCGGUAGGGGCCAAAUUGAUGACAUGGCAAUAUUUUGAGCAUCACAACUUGCCUUGCAAACUAUCUGUGGCGUUCUAUGUUUCGUUUGCAGACAUGGGAAUCCUGAGGA